GCUUAUGAUUCUUGCCCAGAAACGCCGUCGUUUCGGAACUUCUGGACUCCGCUCUUCUGCUGCUCCCAAGGUCCGAUCCUUGUUUUCUUCAACGGUUUAGCGCGCUCACACACACUCUCUCUCUCUCUCUCUCUCUCUCGCUCGCUGGCUCCGUGUGUGGCCUUGAAAUGAGGCUUCACAAGCCAACGCCGUCGGGCGGCAGCCGGAACCUGACGAUCCUGCACCUGGUGUGCGCCGCCGCGCUCUUCUCCCUCCUCGUCUUCGUAAUCCAGUCCUCUUACUUCGCCGGCAAUCGGCAGGUGCCGAUCGAUGGCGAGGACGCGCGGGUUCUUUCCGAUUUCCAGUCGAGCGUUCGACAGUGCGUGGCUAAUAGGGGGCUUGGACUCACUGCACAUAUAAUUGACCACUGCAAAUUGAUUCUUAAAUUUCCCCAAGGCACCAACAGUACCUGGUACAAUGAGCAAUUUAAAAUUUUUGAGCCCUUGGAAUACAGCUAUGACGUGUGUGAGGCAAUACUGUUGUGGGAACAGUAUCGUAACAUGACAACAGUGCUCACUAGAGAGUACCUUGAUGCUCGACCGGAUGGAUGGUUAGAAUAUGCAGCGAAAAGAAUAGCGCAACUGGGUGCAGAUAAAUGCUACAAUCGAACACUUUGUGAGGAUCAUCUCAAUAUAAUUCUUCCUGCAAAGCCCCCAUUUCACCCCCAACAGUUCCGUAGCUGUGCAGUUGUCGGAAACUCUGGGGAUCUGCUUAAGACAGAAUUCGGGAAAGAGAUUGAUGGUCAUGAUGCUGUCAUUAGAGACAAUGAAGCUCCUGUUAAUGAGAAAUAUGCCAAGCAUGUUGGUCUGAAGAGAGACUUCAGACUUGUAGUUCGUGGUGCUGCUCGUAAGAUGGUUAAGAUACUCAAUGGAUCUGAUGAGGUGCUCAUCAUCAAAAGUGUGACGCACAGAGAUUUUAAUGCAAUGAUAAAGAGCAUUCCCAACCCAGUUUAUCUUUUCCAAGGUAUUGUACUACGAAGAGGUGCGAAAGGAACUGGAAUGAAGUCUAUCGAGCUUGCCCUCUCCAUGUGCGAUGUUGUUGACAUAUAUGGUUUCACUGUUGAUCCAGGAUACACCGAGUGGACCCGUUACUUCUCUACUCCAAGGAAAGGGCACAAUCCCCUUCAGGGAAGGGCUUAUUAUCAGCUAUUGGAGUGUCUUGGUGUGAUUAGGAUCCAUUCUCCCAUGAGAGCCGAGAGGAAUCAAGAUUGGUCAGAUGUGCCGAGUCGUGAAAUGAUAAGCAGAGCUCAUGCAGCUGCCUUGCACCUAAAGAGGAACCAAGCUGGUCAAACAGGUGGAUUGGGACAGUUUGGAAGUUGCAAGGUCUGGGGUCAUGCAGAUCCUCACAACCAUGGGCUCAUCUCAGGAUCUCCAGACAUGAGCAAUGUCAGGAGAAACUCAGAUUAUAGUAAGUGGGAAGUCAUGCCGUUUAAGAACCUAAGAAAAGAAGCGCGGGAUCACUACUUCCAAAUGGAAGGUGUCUCUCUGUACAAAAUGGAUGGGAACAAGUUGGAUGAUCUUGUUUGCGUAAGGCAUUCGCUGACGUCUGAGGUAUGACUGACAACUGAAUUCUCGCUUCAGGGUUGGCUGAUUACUUGGUAAAUGAGCUGAACCAACGUAUUGUCCAUUUUCGUUUUUGAGUUCAAGUUUAAUGGGAUCUUGAAAGAGGCUCUCUACGCAAGUCGAGCCUUCGAUACCGGGAGUGAUUUUCCUGCGACAGCAUUUGACUAGAAGGAAAUUUCCGCUCGUUGCAUGAAGAAAAUCAUGGCAUAUUUUGGGUGCAUGAAGAAAUGAGGAAUUAAGUGGUUAUGUGGAUCAUCGACUGACUCCAUACACAAGUGCAGGAUGGGAAAUUCGUGGUUUACAUUCUCUUAAGGGAUAAAAUUUGGUUGUAUUCUUUUUUUGUUCUAAUCUUUUAGAUUAUGUAUUUGCGAGUCCUGAUGAUGGAUUAGGUACACUAGCAACCAGUGUACCCUAGACAGUGCCAGAGGAGCCUCUCUCAUUUGAUUCUGAUGUCAAUUAUUCUUUUUCCCUCUUUCAGCGUGAGAACUAAGAAUGCUUUCUCAUACAGUGUUUGGUCGGUGAUAUAUAGUGUCCAGUAGGCUCUCGUAUUAGCAUAUGCUCCAAAGUUUGUUUUAGUA